AGUAAAUGGGGGCGGAGAGUAUAAAACUAAGGAAGCUAUAAACCAUUGUGUUUUCUAUCCCUAGCUGGAGAGUUGUCUCUAAUUCUCGGCAGCGUAGUUUGAGAAGAAGGUCAGAGCCUUGGAGAGGAAGAAGAAGUGCUUUAUUAGAAUAAAACCUCAAUUAAACCACAGCAGUGGGGAAGCUUUUAGAAACAAUUCAGGACAAAUUAGCAGCCACUUGGGUGAGUCUGGAUUAAUUAAUGAAGGGAUUUGUAAAAUGCAAAUUAUGUUUAACUAACAUGAAUUAGUUUUUUUUGAAGAAGUAGCAGAGACAGUUGAUGAGGUCAAUGCAAUAGAUGUGUUGUAAAUGGAUCUCCAAAUGACAUUUGAUAUACCGUGCCUCAUAAUACGUUUGCCUACAAGGUUACAGUUUAUGGAAUAAAAAGGCCAUGGCAACAUGGAUCUGAAAACCGUUUUGGUACAAAAGAGGGGAAGAUAAUGUGAAUGGUUGUUGUUCAGAUGAGGGGAAAGUAGUCGACUGGAGCUUGGGACUAGGAUCACCAGUAUUACUCAUGCAGAGUGCCAGGAAAUCCCAACCUCUGUACCAUUGCCAUUCUACCAUAUUUUAGUCCCACUCAAUCACCAGGGAGUACAGUGGUGCAAUACCACAUAACCCAGGUUCAAUCAUGACCUUGGUGCAGUCUCUGUGGAGUUUGCAUGUUUUUCCUAUGACUGUGUGCAUUUCCUUUGGGUUCUCUGGUUUCCCCCCGUAUCCUAAAUUUGAGUCGGUUAUUUGGCACACUGUCAAUUACCCCUGCUGUGUAAGUGAGUGGUAGAAUCUGUGUAGAUUGGAUGAGGAAUGUGCAGAUAAUUAAAAAAAGAAUUAAUAUACAAUUAGAAUAUUUUGGUGUUUGAUGGCUGGCGUGCACUCAGUGGACCAAUGGUUCUGUUUCCUUGCUCUAUUUCUUCAUGUCUACGAUUCUAGAUAGAGAUUCUCUAACUCAUAGCAUCACCUAUUCCAAUUAGCCUCAGCUCCAGAGUCUGACCACGGAACAGGAACUGCUGCACUCUUUAAACAGGGUUUAUCCACAGACUCAGAUUUAUAUGACACUGUAAGCAAGGUCCAACUAUAGACCAGAGUUAUGGAUCAAAUACCAACACUCACUGGAUCUUUAAUGAAGGUCUAAGAACAGGGUGAAUGACUUUGCACUCACAAAGUGAGUUUCACAGUCUAGACUGCUCGAGCUAUCAGACCUUUUGAGUAGAGUCGAACACUGACAGGUAGUCAAUUGCAGUUCAAUACAAGGAGCAAUAUAUAUUAACAAUCCUCCACUGAGAAUCCUUGCAUCAUAUGCAUUGCACCGAUAUCUGGUGAGAGGGAAAGAGUUAACAUAGGACUGAACUGAUGCUUGUGAAGAGCUUAACUCCGUUGAUUAGCCCGAGAGACCUCAAGGAAGGUAAGUGUUGUUACGUUGCUGGGUCUAUUUCUCAGUGCUUUCAAUCGCCUUUCUCAUUCUAGGGAGAACUGUGGUGCAGUGCUGUGUCACUCUGCUCCAUUACUGGGCCUACCAGCAGCUCUUUGCACAAUAAUGACAAGCUGGUUUCCAAAAAUAGCCUAGUGGUGGGAAGCCUUCGACUCCUUAAACAAUCUGAGCAUGCUCAGGAAAUUAGCAGAAAUGUGUCAGAGUUUCUAAUCUCCACUGAAAAGAUUGUCACUUGAAGGGAGAGCCAGAGGUGAGAGGCAACUUGCGUGUGUGAGUGGAGUCUGCGCUCCUUAUUCUUACUGUCCUACGGAUAAUGUCUACCUUGAAGGCGGCACUCGAUUGACUGCAUGAAUCCAUUCUCACGGGAGCUGAACCAACUAGCGGAGUAUCUUAAGGAGGCUUUGCAGCGUGAGCAGCUCCUGGAACAGAAGUUGGAGACGCUGCAGUAUUUACUGACCAACACACAGGUCCUCUCUGACAAUGUCUGGCAGGACACUCAGGCUGAGUGUGCAAAUCUGACAUUGAAGCACAGGGGUUUGGAUAUCAAGACUAAUCACAAAAACAUGGAUGUAAAGGUGCAGGAACUGAACAGUAAAACCGAUCCGGAGGAGCCUACGGAGGUAAAGACAGGAAACACAGAAGGAGAUAAUAAAGAUGGCGAGGAGAUUCAAGAAGGAAAAGAAAUGGCUUCAACUGACAAUGAUGUUGAGGAUGGGUUGAACAGGAAACGUCGAAGGCCAACUCUACGGAAAGAAAAAAGACUCCAGGAAUCGAAGAUUCUCCGUAAACAAGCCAUGAUCAGAGACAUGAGCGAGAGAGGUCCCCCAGAAGUGAAGGUGCUGCGUCAACAAGCGAUUGUCCGAGAUAUGAGUGGUGAUGUGCUGUCUGCAGACAACAAGGCAAAUGAAUCAACAACAAAUGUCUCAUCUUCAGGAGAUCCAGAGUCACAUAUGAAGUCACCUGAUAUUCCAAUCUGUGAGGUGAAAUCAGAAGCAUUCGAAAUUUCAGAGGUAAAUUCAACGAAUCUCAAGGCUCCUGAGAUCAGUUCACCUGAUUCCAAGUCAACUGAUGUCAAAUUACCUGAUCCCACACCAACCAUGGUCACGUCAACUAAUUCUGAGACAUCUGAGGUCAGGUCAAUUGUUCACACAUCUUCUGAGGUCAAGUCAACAUAUUCCAAUCCAUGUGAGGUUAAGGUAAUUGAUCCUAAAGUAUCAGAGAUCAAAUCAGAUAAUUCCAAACCAUCUGAAAUCAAUUCAACAUAUCCUAAAUCACCUGACGUUAAGGCAGUUGAUUCUAAUGCCUCAGAGAUCAAGUUAAUUGAUUUCAAACCAUCUGAGACUGAGUCAACUUGUUCUAAAUCAUCUGAUAUCAAGACAAUUGAUCCCAAAGUGAUAGAGGUCAAAUUAGCGGAACACAAGCCAUCUGAGAUGAAGACAAUUGAUCCUAAGGUGUCAGAGGUCAAAUUAGCAGAUUCCAAUCCACCCGAGAUCAAAACAGUUUAUCCCAAACCAUUUGAUGCCCAGAUGAUUGAUUCUGAAGUGUCAGAAGUCAAAUUAGCCGAUUCCAAACCAUCUGAAAUCAAGACAACUAAUUCUACGUCAUCUGAGGUCAAGGCAAUUGAUGCUAAACUGUCAGAAGUUAAGUCAGCUGAUCCUAAAUUAGUGGAAAUUGAAUCAACACAUUCCAAACCAUACAACGUCAAGUCAAUUGAUCUUAAAAUGCCUGAAUUCAAGUCUGCUGAUCUCAUCCCAGCUGAGGUCAAAUCAACUGAUUCAUCUGUGCCUGAAUUCAACCCCACAAAUUUCAAUCCAUCCAUGGUGAAACCAGUUGAUCUCAGCCAAACAGAAGUUCAGUUAUCUGAUCCCAAACCAUCCAGGGUCAUGUCAGUUGAUCUCAAACAAUCUGAGGUUAGAUCAAUACCUCUCAAACCAUCUACAAUAGAGUUAAUAGAUCCUAACCAAUCCAUGGUAUUGUCGGCUGGCCCCAAGAUGGUUGAAGUGAAGUCAACUGAUCUCAAACCAUCUGAAGUCACAUCUACUGAUUCCAAACUUUCUGAGGUCAAGUCAAGCACUACCAAGUUGUCUGAGAUCAAGUCAACUGCUUCUAAUGGGUCCGUGAGCAAGGCAGCUGAUCCCAAGCCUUCUGAGGUCACAUUAUCUGCUCCCAAUGAUUUCAAGGUAAUGUCAGUCAUGCCAACUGAUUACAAAAUCAAAUCAGAUGGUCCCAGUGAGGCAGAAGUCAAGUCAGUUGCUUCCCAGGAAUGUGAGGUAGAUUCAGCUGCUCCCAAGACAUCUGACGUCAAGUUAUCUGCGCUUAACAUAUCUGAGACCAAAACAAGUGAUCCCGAACUUCCCAAGGUCACGCCAGCUUCUUCCAAAGUUUCUGAGAUCAAGUCAGUUGUAUUCAACAUGUCGGAGACCAAAGCAGCUGGUCCCAGACCCUCCGAGAUCAAGUCAGCUGCUCUCAAGACGUCUGACGUUAGAUUUGUUGCUCCUAAGGUUCCUGGGAUCAUGUUAGCUACUCCUAAACCAGGUGAGGAUGCGUUAUCUGUUACCAAAACAGCUGAGGUCAACUCAACUGAUCCUAAAGUAUCUACAGCGAUAUCAGCUAAUCUAGAACUUUGUGAUAUGGUGGCACGUUUCCAUAAGUCUUACGACCAACUAUUAAGCAAACCAGAAAUAUGUAGCAUGAGGUCACCUGGUCCUAAAUCGUGCAACAAUGUGCUUUGUAUGUUGGAAUUGGAUGAGUUGAGGUUGCAGAUUAAGCAGCUCCGGAAGGAAUUGGAGGAGUCUCAGGAACAAGCAGCCCGGCACCAGAGGAGCUAUUUGGACUUACAAAGAUUGCUGGAGGAACAACGAUUGGUCAAUGUGCAACAGACUGAAAACUUUGCCAAACAGAUCCAGCGUCUCCAAGUACAGCUUCGGUCCGUUCAGGAGGAGAUUGAGAGCUUGGAGGAAGAGAAGGAGAGUGAGCUGACAGAAGCACAUGAGGAACUUCACUGCGCACAGGAGGAGAUUGUGAAUCUCCGUCAGGCAGCCGAGGAGGCAGCGGGGGAACGGGAAAAUGAGAUUGCAACGCUGCAGGAGGAGCUAUGUCGUAUUCGGGCAGAGCUGGAACACCUUCAGCAGACAACAGUGGAGUACGAGCUGGAGAUCACCACACUCCGAGCAGAGAUACAGAUGAAAAGUGACAGUCGACAGAAGAAAAACUCCGAAGAGGUUACUCAGCUCCAGGGUGCAGUCCAGUGCCUGCAGGUUGAGUGUCGAAAUCUGGCUCAAGAAUGUCGAGUUCUGCAGAAUGAUAACAAACAGCUGAGGGAAAGACUGCAACAAAUGGAACGGCAGUAUUGCAGAUCUGUUGACGGAUUUAAAGUGGACGCUCCAGGAUCUGAAAGCCAUUGUCAGCAGCAGGGUGCAGAGGCUGAGAUAUUGUCUGCGAACCAACAAUCCAGAAAACUAAAUGGCAACGAACUCAAAGAGACGGGACUAAAAUGGCAGGAGGAACUGAAGCUCCCUCAGAAGGAGGAGCUGAGGAAAUGCCAGGAGAAGUUGGCUGAUAAAGUAGCUACAAGCGGCCGAGCUUCUGCAAGAGAGCAGCUGGAAGAUGGGCGGCAGGUUAGAGGACUUGAGGAUGGAAGCAAGGGUGAUAGUACCACAUCUGCCCAGAAGAUAAGAAGCCCCGAGCUAGAUCCUAGAGCUCUCCAGAGGGCAGAAGAGAAAGGACAGUUUGAAGAAUUAGAUUUAAAACAUCGACUGCUAGAGGCAGAAGAGAAAGCAGUGACAGUGCAGCAUGAGUGCGAAGGAUUAAUCACUGAUCUGAGAGCGCUAGAGGAAAGAUACAGGAACAGCCAAGAGGAGCGCAGCCAGCUGGAGUUACAGCUCAGGCAAUUCAAGGAGGAAGUCCACAAACUGAAAGGGGUGCCUUGUCAGAAUGCCACUUUUCCUGACCCCCCUGUGCUCUCCUUGCCUGUGCUAGGACUGGUUGUACUGAUGGCCAUGCUGUGGUGCUGGUGGGCUGAGACCUCCCGGCAUUGACCAGUGAGUGAACAUUUCGAAGUGAGUGAAGGAUCCAGAAAGACCGGAUCUCGGUGAAUGAGCAGCCCUCGGUGUGUGAUCUGCUCUAUGACUAUGGCCUGACGCUCGGCGAUCCUGAGUGAGCAAACCUUCGAUGAGUGACCGACUCUCGGCCAGUGGUCAACUAUCAGCUGUUGACUGAUGCUGACCCUCUGCAAUUAACUGGCCUCAAUAAUUGGAUAACCUUUGGCGAGUGAUUGACCCGAACAGAGUGCGUGAGUGAUUCUCCACGGCCGAGGUUCUUCCACUUUACCCAGUGAAUGCUCUGGGUGGUUAUCUGCUGAUUGCUAGACUUUGGAUUGCCCUUUGGCAACUUUGUUCUUGGUGGUGCUCCUUUGGUAGUUGGUGUUUUACAGUUUGGGCAUGUUGGUAGCACUUUAAAGAUUGCUACUUUGAGCUAACAGUGUGAAUCCUGGUAAUUCACAGAUACAGAGUAUUACAGACCAUAUGGUGUUAUGGUCCAGUUGGGCUCCACUUGCAACAUCACUGCCACCUACAAUAUUACGCUGUAGCUUAUAUGAAAAUAAAACCAGUAAUCAUAUCACUUUUAAGCUUCCCUUCUUUGUGAGAACAUGUACCGUUUAUGUAAUUGCUUCUCAUAAUCCAAUCCCACCAUCCCCUCAGUUAUCCUGGUAACUCUUCUCUUUAUAUUUUUGACACCAUUUUUCAUUAUGUUGAUGAAAAAUGAUCCCAAUCUUCUAAAUGGGGUUGUACCAAUAAUCUAGUAUGGGGUUAUUAUUGUCACGUGUAGAGUAAAAAACAUUGUUUGUGUGUAAUCCAGAAAAAGCAUACAAUGUAAGAGCUCAUCAGAUAGUCCAAAAAGAGAAAAUAAACAGAGUGCAGGAUAUAGUCCAACAUCUACAGAGAAAGUAAAGAUUUUAUUUAAAGUGCAAGGGCAGCAAUAAGGUCGAUUGGAAUAUUUGGAUUAAUUCCCCAGUGUGUGAGAGGUCCGUUCAAGAGACUGUUAUCAGCAGCGAAGAAGCUGUUCUUCAAUUUGGUGGUAUGUGUUUUCGAGCUUUGGUAUAAUCUGCUCAACAGGAGAGGAGAGCAGAGAGACUAAGCAGGGUGUGAAUGGUCCUUAUUCUGUUGCCCACAUCCUGAGGCAGCAUGAAGUAUAGAUGGAGUCAAUAAUAUAUGAUGAACUGGGCUGUGUUUACAACUCUGCAAUUUCUUGGUCAGAGCCGUUGCCAUACCAAGCCGUGAUUAUGUUGGUUAUAGUGACAGAGAGUUACAGAAGAUUUGGCUCUUAGGGCUAAUGGAAUCGAGGGAUAUGGGGAAAUAGCAGGACCAGGGUACUGAUUUUGGAUGAUCAGCCAUAAUCAUAUUGAAUGGCGGUGUUGGCUAAAAGGGCCGAAUGGCCUACUCCUGCACCUAUGUUUCUAUGGUACAUCUGUAGAAAUUGGUAAGAGGUUUUGGAUACAUGACAAAUUUUCUUUAGUUUUCGGAGAUGUGCUGGUGUGGUCAUUCAGACCAGGACAAAUUGAUGGAAACACUCACAUCUAGGAACUUGAAACGUUUGACCACCUCCACUUCAGCACCAUUGAUUCAGACUGCGGUAUGUAUUCCACCUGCUUCCUGACGUUGAUGACAAGCUCCUUCAUUUUUGCUGACAUUGAGGGAGAAGUUGUAGUCUUGACACCGUGUUACUAAACACUCCAUCUCCUUCCUGUUCAUUGUUCAGAUCCACCCCAUGCAGCGGUGUCAUCGACAAACUUAUAAAUGAGUUGGGGCAGAAUUGGCUGCAUAGUCCUGAGGGCAUAGGGAGUGUAAUAAAGGGCUGAGGAUACAACCUUAUGGGGCACCGAAGCUGAGAAUUAUUGAAGAUGUUUUGUCACCUAUCCGUACUGAUUGCUGUCUAUGGGGUCAGUACGUUGAGGAUCCAGUUGCAGAUGGGAGUAGUGAGUCCUAGGACCAGAGGUUUGGAGAUGUUAUAUUGGAGUUAUGGUGUUGAAGAUGGAGCUAUAGCCAAUAAAAUGGAGUCAGACGUAGAUGUCAUUGUUAUUCAGAUAUUCCAGAGGUAAGUGUAAGCUCAAGAAGAAGGCAUCUGCCAUGGAUCUAUUGCAGCAGCAGACAAGGUACCAUGGAUCACGACUGUUCGUGAGACCGGAGUUGACCUGUGCCGUGCCAGCCUCUCGAAGCGCUUCAUGAUGGUAUAUUUCUGAGCCACUGGACGUUAGUAAUUAAGGUACACUUACCAAGCUAUUCUUUGGUACUGAGAUGAUUUACCACUUAAAGUAAUGGACAAAUAAUCAAUGAAGAAGCAGGAGAGCCUUGCUGUUUUAGGACGUCAAGGCACUUGAUUUACUUCGGUCCUAGCCCGGAAAUAAUUUUUCACAAUUUGCUUUCAGUUUUUAUGCACAUUAGUUUCUUUCCAGUGAAGUCUCUUUAAAGUUUUGCCUCCGUGAAGCAGUUUACAUUUUCUGCAAUGAAUGGCACCUGCCACUUGUCUGCCCAAUUUUCAAAUACCCUUAGAAUUCCUUUAAUUUGCCUAUCUCCAGAAUCAUCUAUCACUUCAGGCAGUGUAUUUGUGAUCCCCAGAUCCAGAUGUUCAAAAUGAACAUUAUUACAAUAUAGUUGUCAGUAUAGAAACAUUAUACACAAUAAUGUAUGCGUUAUUUAAAUAUUCCAUAUAUUAUGUCAUACCUGCUAACCCAGUUUACUGUACAGUAUACCUGAACAUUAUAUGCAAUAACACAUGAUGUGGUAUAAAAUGCACAACAUGUAAAAUAAUGUACGUAAGUAAUAAACCCAGCUACAGGAGAAGUUAUAGGAAUGAGUGCAUUUUGUGUAGAAAGAUAAUAAGAAUAUGCAGACCAAUGGGAAUUUUCCAGAAGUAUGUAGAAUAUUUUCAUUUUUAAUUGGUCUGUUGCUCCGUUGACAAUUCCAGGAACCUGAAUGAGUCCAGGUUUGGCCUGGGAUACUAGUAGUAGCUGUGACCUGAGAUCAUUCUUUCUCCUGCAGCAGACAGCGGACAUCGCAGAAAUAGUGCUCUACCUGAUCCACCAUUGUGUGUGCUAAUGAAUAUUCGAAAUACUGCUGCCAAAGAUUUGCUGAUAAUGUUCAGAUGCAGUACAGUCUCCCAUGGGAAGAUGAAUGCAUCUGAAAGAGCAGCUUGAAUUCUUUCAGAAAAAUAAAAGAAUGGCAGGGGAUGUACUGCAGUAACCAACAGCUUCAGUGGCAGCAGUUUGGGGUAUUGAGUAGUCAAUUAUCCUUUGCAACUGCUCUGUCACCCAGAACAUUUGACACUCAGCACAAAGAAGGUUUCUCUUCGAGCAAUGCUGUUCCAUUGUAUCUAACAACAUACAAGCAUUGAGAAGAAGCCCUUUACACUAUAUGAUACAUAAUCCAAAUUAUUGAUUCCUGCAAAACCCCAGAGAUUCUGGUUUCCAAUUCCUUUCCAUAGGUAUACUCUGAAUCAAUUCUGUGUAAUCGCCCUCAAAAACUCUUAAGAAUUAUGUAAGAGGUAAAUCUUAGCAAGAGGCUUCUAUAAUGGAGUUGGCUCUGCAAUGAAGGGGAAUAUACCCAGGUGGUCCUUUGUGAAUAGUUAAUUUUCUAUCCAGGUGCUAUCUUGGCAAAUUGUCUUCAAAUAGAGUUGGAGGUGGGAAUGUGGUCGCUUGGGGAAUAUGACAAUUGAGCACGUCGCUAUUCAAAUAGAUAUCGCUUUUAUUUUUUGCUCACAUCAGUUGCCAGCAUCCAUUCUGGGUGACACUGUGAAAUUUGCGUUCCAACAUUAUGAAGUUCACUUCCAAUUUUACAUCUUGAUCAAUUAUUAUUAGAUAGUAGCUUAAAGCCUGUUGGGCAGUGAAGAAGAAUGAUGUUAAUUGUUCAGUUCCUGAGCACUGCUUCUGUUCCCAAAUGCAAGAGAUGCCUUAAAUUGCCAAAUGACUCUGCAAUCACGGGUGGUCUGGACCUAUUCAUCAUUCAGAAUAGAAUCCUUGAGCUCAAUAUCUGGAGAGGAAGUGAGUUGACGUUCCAGACAUGUACAUGUUGUUUUCCUGGCAACAUCUGUGUUCUGCUCAGUUUGGUUGGACAUUACGGAGAGCGUGAGGGGUGAGAUGGUGGGAUAGUGCUGGUAAUAUUGGAUAAACAAAAGAGUAGAAUACAGCAAGUUCUUUGGGUUGAUAUGAGUCUGUGGAGAGUCCGUAAGAAUAAUUUGGAAUCGAGGAUGAUGAAUUCACUGAGACAAUGUAACGAGCUUGGAAUUGAGACACGAUUAUAGUGAGAGAAUGGACCACAGGGAUGGAUAUGAGACAAUAUUGGGUGUGGAAUAAUAGGAUUUGUUUUACUUUGAUGAGGGAUUUUGGGGAAAGAGCAGGAUAAUGGAAUUAGUUUGGGAUUGAUCCAGGGGAAAGGGCAGGUUAGUGGUAUGGUUUGGAAUUGAUAGAAGGCAGUGACGAGAAUGAGGCAGUGGGAUUAAUUUUAAAUUAAUAAAGGACGAUAGGGAGGUGGCAAAAGCAAAAGAUUAGGUUGGGCUUGCUCUAGGAAGCUGAUACUGACCUGGAAUACCAGCGUGCUGUAAAUUUCAAUGAAUGGGUGUGUGUUUUGUUGAUCCCAUGUUUCUGGUUCUACCGUGCUGCAGAAAUAAGGAAUGGCAGCACUCAGUUUAUGUUGAACUACUUACAUUUUGGAAAAACGUUGUUUUUGAAAACGAAUAAAAUAUACCUCUAAAGUCUGCUUGAUGUUUGAUCCAAUGCUUGAGUAUAGACAUCUACAAAUGCCUGCUUUAAUAUAGUGUCUUUAAAGUAGAAGAAUAUCCCGUGGCACUUUGCAGGAGCAAUAUCAAACAAAUGCUUUAUUACAAGCUGCUUGAAUAAGAAAACAGAAGUUUAAAAGAUUGAUCAAAUAAGUUGUUUGAAGUAUUGUCUUACAGAAAAAGGUAGAGGAACAAAUUCCAGAGAUUGCGGCCAAGUACUGUAGAUUAUGGCCACCAUUAAUAAUUUGGUCAAAAAAAAUUGGGACUGGGGGAAAUGUAGAGAUUUAGGAGGGGUGCAGGGAUGGAGCAGGUUCAAGAUGAUUGAUGUUCAUUCUUUGCCUCUGAUCACUGACUCACCCAGCUGCCAUCUGUCUCAUGGUUAUAAAUGUUGUAUAACUAUUUCUGCUGGUAAUUUCAUUGGUACUGAAUGUAUGUAAGAAACAAUUUUCUUGUAAAGUAAAGUGAAUUAUUGGAUUGAGGACCUACAUUUGAGGGUCUUUUUUCUUUACAUUGUACGCCUUUGUGGCAUUAUCAGAUGAGCCCUUUACUCGUUUAUAGACAUCCUCUUGGUCAGCUGCUCUGGGAGUGGAUUGAACAAAGGGAGGAAUGAGAAGAUUAGCUGUGUCCAGCUUGCCUUCUUUCCACCUUUGUUUUCACUUUCAUGUGUUAACCUGAACCUGUGCACCUAGCCUCACACCCUUUCGGCCAGAACUGAAGGAUACUUUUAGAUGCACAGAUUUCCCUUUAUUGCUUUCUUGGGGCCAAGCUUGCCACAAAGAUGAUAGUAAUCUGUGAUGUGCUGUCGUGCAGGAAAUUACAUUGGUUGGGAGCAAACUGCACCAUCUGCACUUGAAACCCAAUUGUCAGGAAGAGAUGAAGCUCCACGGAGGCUUGUGAUAGGUCCUUGGGAAUUCAGGACUCCAGUCCACACCUCUGUCUGCAGAUGUGGUCCAGUGCAGCAGUGGUUCCUCAUCAAGUAUCUGUGGAAUACUGACCUCUCACACACCACAAAUGGGGACCAAGACAUCCUGCUGGUCUGUUCCCUAAGCAUAGGAUUUCUUGACUGCCCAGGCCCUUGAAACAUAGGGUCUUGUAAAGUAAAAUGGUCUAGUGAUGGGGUCCAGCAGAAUCCUGAAUACCAGGAGAAAAUAUGUUUUUAUGUCUCCCCCAGUGAUGAGGUUUCAUAAUGACCUAACCAUUAUUGAGAUGAUCCAGGCAAGAUGGAAUCUUUGAACCUCCUCUUGCCUGCAUCAGAGACAAACUCUCCUUGAGUCCUGUACAUCCCUGCCUUCACUUAUUCACAAGAUCAUAGUUGAGGUCAAUUGGAUUCCUGUCCGUACCUCAGAGAUGGGACCCAGCUAACCCAGGAUUCCCUAGAGAUGGGACCCAAAGGUUCUGCUCACCUCUGAUUCCCGAAAUUUGGCUCUAAGCAGGGUUGUAUCCAUUCUCCCUAAUCCACACAUAGAUGUAGGAUACCAAGGCAACAUGAAUUGCAUGGACGGUACAGAGAGUCUACAAAUAUCAACCACAGAUGAGGUACAAAGGUUCUGGCCCCUUAGCAAGUCUCACUGCUGCUAUAUUUGUUAUCAGAUAAUAAGGCUCUGUUCAUUUAUUGUUGGAGUUGUGAAAUGUAUUUGGCUUAUCAAUGUUUUAAUAUUAAAUAAUUUUGAAAUUGAUCAAAUGAUUCAUAUUUCUGUGUCAUGAAGGACAUUGGGGAUCCAUUACUCCUGGAUAAUCAAGGACAUUCAACCUGAUAAUAUCAGGAUAGUGAUCCCAUAAUAAAAUGAGUUCAAUUCUGAAAGGACAGAAGUGAGUCAUGGAGUAUACAACACAGAAACAGGCCCUUCAGUCCAACUUAUCCAUGUGGACCUAGAGGCUCAUCUAAGCUAGUUUCAUUUGCUCAUGUUUCACCCAUACCCCUCUAAACCUUGAACCUUCCAAAUGUUUUUUAAAUGUUAUUGUACCUGCCUCAACCACUUCCUCUGGCAGCUUGUUCCAAUAUAUGAAUCACCCUCUGAGUGAAGAUGUUGCCUCUUAUAAGUCUGUCCCCUUUCAUCCUAAACCAAUGCCAUCUAGUUUUUGAUUUCCUUUCCCUGGGAAAAACACUGUGUGCAUUCAUCUUAUCUGUGCCCAUCAUGAUUUUACACAUCUCUAUAACGUUACCCUUCAGUUUCCUAUGCUCCAAGAAAUAAAUUCCUGGCUUGCUCACCUUCUCAUUAUAACACAAGCCUUCAAGUCCUGGCAAUAUUCUCGUAAAUCUUCUUUGCUCUCUUUCCAGCUUAAUGGCAUCUUUCGAAUAACCACAACUGCACACAAUACUCCAAAUGUGACCUCAACAAUAUCUUGUACAACCGCAACAUAACUUUCCAACUUCUUGUACCCUGACCGAUCUAUUCCACAGUAAAAACCGCUAAGAACUAUUUAUAAAAAAUCUCAUCCAUCUCCUGUGACUCUACACAUAGACGACCAAGCUGAUCUUUAAGGGGAUCUAUUUCUCCCCAGCUACCCUUUUACUCCUAAUAUACCUGAAGAAUCACUUGGGAUUUUAUUUUACCUUGCACUUUUUUGUCUUCCUGAUUUCCAUUUUAAAUGUACUCUCACACGUGUACCCGUUGAGGCUUGAUCCAGUUGCCCAAAAACAGCCAUUUUUUCUCCUAGCUGGAGCCUCGAUAUCUCUCACCAGAUUUCCGUAAUCAUGCCAGUCUUGCUUUUCACCAUAACACAAACAUGCUGUUCAUGAAUAUUGCUAUUUCGCUUUUAAAAUCCUCCCAUUUACCAGACAUCGCUUUCCCUGCAAACAGUCUCAUCCAGCGGACUUCUGGAAGCUCCUGCUGAAUGCCUCAAAAAUUGACCUGCCCCUAUGUAGGACCUUAACCUGUGGACUAGUU